AUGGGUUGGUUUUGGGCAGAUAAGUCAAGCCAGAACACGGUCAAAGCUUCUAACUCUUUUACCACUGCUUCGGCAUGUCCUAUAGAUCACUCCAAACUUUCAACUUCUUCGCCAACAUGCCCUGUCAAACUCAACAACGAUAAUGACGAAGUUUUAAAUCCUAUGAACAAUAUGCCUAUGGCAAUAUCAUCUGAGAGAGCACCUGGCCAGCGCAUCAAAUUAUCAACCGAAAGAACCAUAUCAACUAUUCCUCGUGGUGAAUCAGAAGAUCAAGGAUUAUGGGAGUAUCCAUCACCACAACAAAUGUUGAAUGCCAUGUUACAGAAGGGGAAAGGUGAUGGUAUUCCCGAGGAUGCAGUAGAAAGUAUGGUUGAAGUUCAUAAUUUCUUAAAUGAAGGGGCAUGGCAACAAAUUUUAACUUGGGAAGAUCAUUAUACACAACAAACUAAAGUGGAACCACGAUUGAAGAAAUUCACCGGCAGACCCCAUGAUUUAUCACCAAAGGCUAGAAUGUAUUUAUGGCUAGGCCAAUUGUUCCCGGAAACGUUCAAUACUAUACCUCCAUUUGAUAGACACGAUUGGACAGUUUUGAGAAGUUGUGGGCGUAAUCAAGGUUGGAAAGAGGUUCGUUAUGUCAUUGAUUAUUAUGGGGCUCCUGAUGAUGAAGAAACAGGGAUGCCUGCAUUCAUGUUGGAUACUCGUCCUGCUUUAGAUAAUUUUACUAAUGCCCGUGAUAGAUUUACUCAUUGGGCUUAUCCUCUUUGGAAGAAAGCUAUGGGCGAAGUCAGAGAUUAA